CCAUCACAUCCCGUCCCGUCCCAUCUCGUCUCGUCUUGUCCCGCCCCGGCCUGUCCCUCCCCGCCUCGUCCCGUUCCAGCCAGGCCAUGGCGAUCCGCGCGAGCUUCGAGAACAACAAUGAGCUGGGCUGCUUCGCCAAGCUGACCAACGCCUACUGCCUCGUGGCCAUCGGCGGCUCCGAGAACUUCUACAGCGUCUUCGAGGGGGAGCUCUUGGGGACCAUCCCGGUGGUGCACGCCUCCAUCGCCGGCUGCCGCAUCAUCGGCAGGAUGUGCGUCGGGAACAGACACGGGCUGUUGGUCCCAAGCAGUACAACAGACCAAGAGCUGCAACACAUCCGCAACAGCCUGCCAGAUUCUGUACGAAUCCAACGAGUAGAAGAGCGUCUCUCAGCUCUGGGCAAUGUCACUACAUGCAAUGACUAUGUAGCUCUCGUUCAUCCGGACCUUGACAGGGAGACGGAAGAGAUCUUGGCAGAUGUUCUGAAGGUUGAGGUUUUCAGGCAAACAGUGGCAGACCAGGUGCUGGUUGGAAGUUACUGCGUUUUUAGUAACCAGGGAGGAAUUGUGCACCCUAAAACUUCCAUUGAUGAUCAGGAUGAACUGUCUUCAUUGCUCCAGGUCCCACUCGUGGCUGGAACGGUGAAUCGUGGCAGUGAGGUGGUUGCAGCGGGAAUGGUUGUGAACGAUUGGUGUGCCUUCUGUGGGCUGGACACGACGAGCACUGAGCUCUCCGUCAUCGAGAGUAUCUUCAAACUGAAUGAAGCUCAGCCAAGCACCAUUGCUACCAACAUGAGAGAUUCCUUGAUUGACAGCUUGACUUGAGCGGUGCUGGUUCCUGCUUUCUGGAAAACUCCUAAGGAGUGAAUGUCAAGCUGCACUUUGGAUCACAGACUUCCAGACCUCCUGAUGUUUUUUUCUGCAGCCCAAGGAAAAGGCUACAAAACCAUUUUUUUGUAGCGUUUUGUAAACUUCACUGUUGUUACAAAACCCAACAAAUAACACCUAAGUUACCAAUCAGAAAUGCUCUCUAUCCCUUUGCUGACAUCCUCCAGUUCUUCAGCCCUGCUUUCUCCUUUUUGGAUGCUGACCGAGCCCCUCGAAUUCCCACAAUAUUUACACCUGUGGCUCUUGGAUAGUAUGACUAGAGAUUGUUUUGCCUUAAAUAAUGCCCUGGUGUUCUGUCCUGAGCAGGCUGUUUUCACAUGGCACUGCCCUCUCUUUCCACACUCUUGCUAUGGUGUUUCUGCCACGGGCAGACUGCAGGGCCCCAUGCGUGUCCGGUACCAAAACCAGAGUAGUUUAUUUGCCACGAAAUAACUUGAAAGUCAUCACCUGCUCUCUUGCCCUGGCUUGCAGGUAUUCCCAUAGGGAUUAGCUCUGAUUGAAGCUAGGGUUUCUCAAAGUCAGUCCAGGGCCUUCUCACAGCAGCAAUGUGUGUGGAACAGUGCGGUUUGCUCUGCUGCCCACAGGCUCCUGCCACCACCGGGCUCAGAUUUUUCUGUGUGGGUUAGUGACUGCUGGGAAAUGCUUGGAAGUCAGCAAAUAGAUUUAAAUCACCUUGAGUUAUCUUGGCAACAAAGUUUAAUUAACACGGUUCUGAGCAGUUACUCCAUGCAGUCAGUUAUCUGGGAGCUUGCUAAUUAGAGCUCUGCCCCUGUCAGGGGGUGAUAAUGACAAAGAGGAGCUGCAGAUCCUGGAGUUGGUUCUUAUCAGAGCUCUUGCUUCCUGCUUGCUUGUUUUAGUUGCUUUUCUUCUGCUUGCCUGUUUCAGAGUGCACUGACGGUAUAGAAAUGCCUCCGCUUCCCAUCCUAAGGGGGUGUCGAAGCUCCUCACGUGCUUUCAUGCAGGUGCACUAUGCCGGGUUCUCCUGGGCAGCACUAUUCGGGCAGCGAUGUGGGCAGAGCUCUAUUUUUUGGCCCUGAUACUUCAGGCUUUGUAGAAAAUUAAGUAAACUUCCAUUUUGGUGUUACUGUCUGGAUAUUGGGGGAAGUUUGUGUUGAUUAAAGGCUGCUCCUUACACUUGGAAAUAAAGAUUCCCAUAGGGCCAUCUCAGAUCACAGGAAUCCUACCUUUUGGUCUGUCGGGAAUGGGAUCUGAGCCAGGGGUGGCUGUUUUCAGACAGCUCACCCUCCUGCCAGCAGCUCCUCGCUACUCUGGCUGAUGGUUCUGGGUGUUUACGAACCCUUUGAUACAGCCUUCCCGGGUGCUGAGUCCUGGUCCCCUCCUCUUAGACUGUCUCAGCAGUUGGAGUGAGGGGCUGCCCACCUCUGGCCUCCUCACAGGGCUCGGUUCUUGGGAAGAAAAGGUGGAGUCCGGCUGUUGCUGCUGGUGUCGACUCACGUUCACCACGUGUGAAAGGAGCGAGGCUGGUGUUUUCCUCUGCAACUUCUGCAGGGUUUUUGUUCAUUCUGGGUGAUAGGCAGGAGUCCUGGUUUAUAUCAUAGAAUCAUGGAAUGGUUUCCAUCAGAAGAGACAUCAAAGCUCAUCCAGUUCAACCUCCCUGCCAUGGGACGCCUCCCACUGGAUCUGGUUGCUCCAAGCCCCAUCCAACCUGGCCUGGAACACCUCCAGGGAUGGAGCAGCCACCACUGCUCUGGGCAACCUGGGCCAGGGCCUCCCCACCCUCACAGGAGAACAUUUCUUCCUAAAAUCUCAUCUCAAUCUUCCCUCUUUCAGCUGGAAACCAUUCCCCUCAUCCUUUCCCUGCACACUCUGAUCCAGAGCCCCUCCUCAGCUUUCCUGGAGCCCCUUUCAGUCCUGGAAGCUGCUCUAAGGUCUGCCUGGAGCCUUCUCCAGGCCAAAUAACCCAACUCUCUCAGCCUGGCCUCAGAUGGAGGUGCUCCAGCCCUCAGAUCAUCUUCAUGGCCCUGUUGUGACCAUAUUGGUGAUCUUGUGUGUUACGUAUUAAAAAUCGCUUAAGAGCUAAACAAGAAAAAUAAUCCAGUCUCUGUAAUCCAAAUCCUUCAAUAGAAAAAGACACUGGUGCAGUGUUGGGGGUUGUGAUGUGCCAAAGGCAAUCGGACAGCACAGCAGGGGAUCGUGACCUGGGCUGUGUGACCUCUUACAGAAGUUGUGUUGAAGCUUGGGAUCUGGAAGGUGGCAGACGUGACCCCUGUUCUAGACAAGGGUUGGUGGGAAUGAAGACAUGGGAAGAUGAGUCUCUGUGCAGGUAAACAAGUU